UUUUGUUGUAUAAAUAGGUAGCUAUAGUGCAGCAGAAAAACUGGCACUGCUACCAUAUAUCUUGGAAUCAAAUAAUCAAGGAAGGAAAAAAGAGACAUUCUUAAUGGGAAGCACAAAAGUGGAAUCCUACUUUGUCUUCAUGAGCUAUGAUCCUGAAUACGAGAGACUUCGAACUCUUGGAACAAAGAGAGGGGCACAGGAGCUUGAUUUGUACCUUAGUACAAAACAUGAUGAGGUCUUAGCAAGUACUCUAGAGCCAGGAACCUACAACAAAACAUCUUCUUUGGUCAUUGUUGAUGGUUUUGCAGUAGAAAUUACCCAGGAUCAGGCUAAUGAACUCAGAUCUGCAAAAGGAGUGAGGGUUGUGGAGAAAAAUGAAGAGCUGGUGUAGUGCAUAUAUCAGUGUUUUGAGGGAAAAGAACUCCAUGGUUAUUGCUUCAUCGAGUUCUCUACUGUCUCUUGUUCAAAGUUUCUCAUUUGUGUAAUUUGCAACGAAGAUGAAAACUCUCUAGGCAACUUUAUGUGUUAGUGGAAAUUAACUGAGGUAGAUUUGAUUUUCGUGUGCAUGUUUUCAGUCUUCGAAAUAACGCAAAUAGUUUGUGAUUAUUAUCGGAAGGAUAAUGAUAUAUUCACAACUAAAUGCUACAUGCUUCCUUAACCAAUAAAUAUAUUAUCGAAAUAAAAAUUGUAU